AUGGAUGGACUUGGCUACAUUCCUGCACUGAAUGGUCCGACGCUGUAUGGCGAUGCCAACGACGAACCGAUCCUGAUUCCUGUCAGAAAGCAGAAGCAACGCGCUCGCACCACCUCGUUGUCACGCCGAGCUCGGACUCUGGUCACCCGUAGCAAGAGCUUGUUCUCCACCGCCUCGUCCGCAUCGUCGGUCGACACGAGUGCGUCCAUGCCCGCCUGCUCGCCGCGAAGCAGCGACUUCAGCUUCUCUUCCUCUAGCGACCGCCACGAUCAGACCUUCGAGAGCUUUCACGCACGUUGUGGAUCCACUCCGUCCUCAUGUCCAUCCGACCCAAGCCAAGAUCGUUCUUACGCCCUUCGGCAACGACCAUUCCCGCAGUUGCCAUCAACACCCGAAGUGGACAAUAUCACGGGCAAGCCGUUCGUGACUCCUCCAGAAGCGAAUUUCGACACGCUACGCCCUCCUGAUCAUCUCACGGUACCGAACACAACACGGAGAACAAGCUGCAUUUCGGGGCUCAUCGACAGCGACUACACAUCUGUGGAAGAGCUCAGCCCACCGAGCUCUGCAUCGGCCUGCGGGCUCGCCGAUGAACCAGCCAUACGAGAUUCUUUCAUCGAGCCCAGCCGUGCAUCGAGCUUGCUCGACUGCGAAAUGAUCCCGGACUCGAGUCCCAUGUGCCUCAACUUUCCCAUUCCCGGCCCACUGCUCCCAUUACGCCUGUCCAAUUCAUCGAACCUGCUACGGCUAGAAGACGUCCCUGUUCUCGGCCGCUCCGAUCCGCGCAGCAGCGUGCUACAAUCUCGGCUCGCUUACGACAGCUUGCCCAGCUGGGAGAUGCAUGCCCGCACGCCACCGCACUCUUAG